UUGGGAGCGUCGCCAAAGGAAAGCUCCCAUUAGCUAUAAAAUUUCCCAUUUUGUGGGCUUUUCUCAGUUCUCAUGCCUAUCACGCAAAACCUCUCCUAAAACCCCAUAGCCAAACACCACACUUUCAUCGCCAUGGCCGCCGCCGCCACUGCUCUUUUCCGCCAACGCCAAUCCCUCGUCCGUUCCCUGAAACCCGUUCGCUCCAAACACUCCCUACCCGAUCCCCCCAAGAAAGUAGGCAGUCUUCUCGACGACCAACUCCACCAAUCAAAAUGCUGUUCCCGUUUCCCUCACUCCAUCUCGCGCAAAUGGAAGGACUUCGAAUUCUCCGCUCCCAGUCUCAUAUCCGCCAUUUUCUCAUCGAACCGAUCUUCCUCUUCGCCGAGAUUCGGGUUUGUCAGCUGGUAUUUGGGCAUGAUCAGUACCCGACCCGUUGCCACCAAAAGCGUCACGGCCGCCCUCAUCUACACCGCCGCAGAUUUAUCGUCUCAGACUAUUGUGACGAUUGUGGGGGGAAAUGGAGAGGGGUAUGAUUUGGUGAGGACUCUGCGAAUGGCGGGCUACGGAAUGCUGAUAGUGGGGCCUUCGUUGCAUUUUUGGUUCAAUUUCGUAUCGCGAGCGUUUCCGAAGCGUGAUCUUUUGUCGACGUUUGCGAAAAUGGCGUUGGGGCAGAUGGUGUAUGGGCCCAUAGUGACUGCUUUGUUCUUCUCUGUUAAUGCUGGUUUACAAGGUGAAAGUGGAUCCGAGAUUGUUGGUAGGUUGAAACGCGAUAUGGUCCCGACCCUAGUUAGAGGUGUAAUGUACUGGCCGAUAUGUGAUUUUAUCACAUUCAAAUUUGUCCCUGUUCAUUUACAGCCUCUGGUGAGCAACUCAUUCUCGUAUAUGUGGACAGUUUACCUGACCUACAUGGCAGGCUUAGAAAAAGUCCAAGAGGUGGUAGUUUGAGCAGUAGAUCCAUGUCAAUGAUUGAUUCCCAGGUGGCGGCUUGGUUACAUUGCUAGACAUGACCAAAGGAGAAGCAAAAGGGGGCUUACAGUUUCCUGUGGAGAAUCUGGUGAAUUGAUAGUUUUUGGCAGAAACUAUUGAUGAAGAUUAAGUUAGUUUCCUCUGCCGGUUUCUCAAGUCACCUAUUAGUGUAUGAAUUUGUAGGAACUGACAAUUUGUUUUAAUAAUGUAAUUAGUUUAUUACUAUUAUUAUUACUUCUUCAGUUCUGUAAGUUGUAAAAUGACUAUUUUGUAUGCCCAGACUCCACCAUUUGGCCUUAUAAUUUAUUGUUGCAGAACUUGUACUGUUUUAUCUCUCCA